UCUCCUGAGGAGGAAGAGGGGGAAAAGAGUAAAUGUGUGUGAGCUGUUUAUUCAGCGGACAGUUUACCUCUCUCACGGAUGCUGAAGAGAUUUCUCAGCAUUAGAUUCGGGAGCAGGAUGGAUAUGUCAUGAGCCAUGAGACCUGCAUCAUUUGAAAGGUAAUCAGUUAAUUGCUUUCUAUUUCCCAGACAACUCAGGUUCACUGGCAAAACAUGAUCUCCUACUGGUUGGGAAAGACUAAGAAAUAAGGUAAAUAAUACAAUUUAUUAAAAAAAAAAAAACAGCAGAAUGACUUGCCAUAUUAAGCAAUACAUAAUGAUGUUAUUCAAUACUGCACACCACUUUACACUUGGUGUACAUCAUUUAAGCUGAAACCCAAACCUCUCCAACUCCAGGAGAGCUCCAUGUCAAAGAAGAGCAAACUCCCCACCUCCAGGAGGAGUGACAUCCAGUGCAUUUUCCAGUGCUACGCCUCCGACCAUGACAACCUCCUCACCGCCUCCACCCUCCUUACAUUCCUCCAAAGGGAGCAGAUGGAGGUCUCAGCCAAUGAGGAGACAGCCACAGCCUUAAUUGACAGAUAUGAGGUUGAUGAGACAGCCAGGGUAAAGAGGAACAUGACAUUUGGGGGCUUUCACAGGUUAAUGGAGUCGAAAGACUGUUGUGUGUUCGACCAAAGCCACACAUGUGUUUACCAGGACAUGACUCAGCCCCUCUGCCAAUACUUCAUCUCCUCCUCCCACAACACAUACCUGACCGGAGAUCAGCUUGUGGGAAAGAGCCACUUAGAUGCCUACAUCAGUGCUCUAAGGAGAGGCUGCCGCUGUCUGGAGAUCGACUGCUGGGACGGUCCUGAGAUGGAACCUAUUGUCUACCAUGGUUACACCCUUACCAGCAAGAUCCUCUUUAAAGAUGUCAUCACAACAGUGAAAGAGUAUGCCUUCGUGGCAUCUCCGUACCCCAUCAUCCUCUCCCUGGAGAACCAUUGCAGCCAUGGGCAGCAGGAAGUCAUGGCCCAUUACCUCACCUCCAUUCUGGGAGACUUGCUGCUGGAUACCAGCCUAACCCUGGACACCCAUGGAGAGCUGCCAAGCCCCGAUGACCUGAAAUAUAAAAUUCUCAUAAAGAACAAAAAACUGAAUCCUGAACCAGAGUCUGGGCCGAGAGAGCCAGAGGCCGACGCAGAGGAGAGCGAUGAGGAAGAUGAUGGUGAUGAUGAGGAGGAGGAAGAGUUGCCUGUGAAGAGGUCUAAAAAGAAGAAAAAAAAGAAGGUUGUAGUAGCACAGGCAUUGUCUGAUUUGGUCAUCUACACCAAGUCCGUGAAGUUUAGCAGCUUCGUGCACUCCAGAGAUAACCAGCAAUUCUACGAGAACACGUCAUUUGCAGAGAAAAAAGCCAAGAAGCUGGUAAAACACUCAGGAGCAGAGUUUGUGCUGCACAACGCCAGGUUCCUCAGCAGGGUUUACCCUGCAGGCUCCCGCACGCUCUCCUCCAACUUCAAUCCACAGGAGUUCUGGAAUGUGGGCAUCCAGCUAGCGGCUCUCAACUUGCAGUCCCUUGGCUUAUCCAUGGACCUGAACAAUGGCCGUUUCCAGGGCAACGGUGGCUCGGGCUAUAUACUGAAGCCCCUUUUCCUGCAGUCCAGGGAGAGCAGCUUUGAUCCCAAUGCUUUCAAACACAACCUGAAGCCAGCCCACCUCCUGUUGAAGGUGAUUAGUGGCGCCAACCUCCCUUCCCCCCGGACUGGCAAGGCCCUGGAUCCGUUUGUGAGAGUGGAGAUCCACGGGGUUGUCUCAGACUGCUGCAAGAGGCAGACGGAUGCAGUCAAACACAAUGCACUGAAUCCUAGGUGGGACGCUGCCAUGAACUUCACCAUUGAUGUGCCUGAGCUGGCCUUGAUCCGCUUCUCUGUGCGGGACCAAAUAGGACUCCUGAAGAGUGAAUUUGCUGGCCAGUACACUCUUCCUUUCACCAGCAUGAAAAAAGGUUAUCGCUGGGUACCCCUUCUGUCUCGAGAAGGCUACAGCCUGGACCCCGCCUCUCUCUUUGUGUUCGUGUGGUACUCCUGA